AAAAAAGGUUAACUGUUAAAGGAAUAUACUUAAUCAAUAAUGGGUUGCAAAAAUUUAAAACAUCAUUUAAUGUUAAUUUUAUUAAUUCAAUUGUUUCUUUGGGUUACAUUUGUAAAUGGGCAAUUUAUACCAGGACCUCGAUCAGGUCACACGGCAACUCUCAUCGGAGAUAAAAUAUAUUUUAUAGGAGGAUAUAAUUUUUCAAUUCCUAAAGAAAGUGAUAUAUUUUAUUAUAAUGGAAUAGCAUGGGUGGAAUUGAAUAAUCAAGUUAGUGGUCAAGGUGCAGAUAUGCCACCUAAACUUGGACAUACAGCUAAUGUAGGAGGACGUAAUCAAGAUUUGAUAUUUAUUAUAGGAGGUGAUGUCGAAUUUUCGAAAGUAUAUCAACUUGAUACUAAGACAAAUAAUGUUACUUUACCAACAAUUCUGGGAGUUAUUCCAAAUAGGGAUAGCUUAGUAUUUAUGAGUUCUGUUAGUUAUGAAGGGAAAAUUUAUUUGUUUGGUGGAGGAAAAAUUGAAACUGAUAUAAUUACUUUGUAUAAUAAUCAUUAUAUUUUUAAUACUAUUAAUUUGAAUUGGGAAGAUGGUAGCUUAGUUGGUGCUCCUCCUCCCAGAUAUAAGCAUACAGCAACAUUAGUUAAUGAAAUUAUAUAUUAUAUUGGUGGUAUACAAAUUAAUAAUUCCAUUAUUUCUUAUCCUUCAAUGUCCGAUAUUUAUCGAUAUAGUACUAUAUCAAAUACAUGGUCUUCAGUAGCUAGGUUGGCUCCAGGAAAUACUCCAGAACCUAGACUUGGCCAUUCAGCUGUUUUAGUUGAAGGCAAAAUUUGUAUAUUUGGGGGAAGUUUCAAUAAUUCAUCACCUACAGAACCAAUCGCUAUGUUGAAUACUAGCACCUUAGCAUGGUCAAUACCACAUUUUAAAAAUCCCAGAUCAAAUAUGCAAAAUUUACCAAAACUAGUUUAUCAUACUGCCACAUUAGUAGAUAAGCGUAUGAAAUGAUACGGAUAAUAUGGGAUUAAAUAAAAAUUUUUUUAUAUUUGACUUUAAUAAUAAUGAAUGGUACAUUACAACAGCAGAUGAACUUACGAAUCCAUCUUCUAAUAUCUCAAAGUUAUUUUCUUCCAGU